UUCUUUCAUACAUCACUUGUGCAAAAUGAAAUUCUUGGUCGUCUUAGUCGCCCUCGCAGCCGCUGUGCUGGCCGAAGAGCCGAUCUUCAAGGACUACCAUCAGGAGAUCGGUGUGUCCUUAGCAGCUAAGAUCAAGGCUCGCGAAGAAGCCGCUGACUUCGACGGCUCCAGGAUCACCGGGGGCAAUGCUUCCGUCUUAGGAUCUCACCCGCACUUGGGUGGUCUAGUCAUCACACUCACCACCGGCCAGACCUCCGUCUGCGGCUCCUCCCUCCUGUCCAACACGCGCGCCGUCACCGCCGCCCACUGCUGGAGACACGGCAACAGCCAAGCUCGCCAGUUCGUCGUGGUCCUCGGCUCCACCCUCCUCUUCUCCGGCGGUGUCCGCGUCACCACCUCCAACGUCACUUUGCACGCUAACUACAACGAGUAUAAUUUGAACAAUGACAUUGCUAUCAUUACGCUUAGCUGGGUCACUUACACCAACGUCAUCCAGCCAAUUGGACUCCCCACUAGCCAGACUAACAACCUCUUCGUUGGCACAUGGGCUUGGGCUGCAGGAUUUGGGGCCACUGGUGAUAACAGCCCCAUCACCACCAGCCAGUUCCUGAGCGAGGUCUCCCUGCAAGUGAUCACCAACGCUGUGUGCGCCUCCACUUACAACAACUCUGUGGUCGUCAGCUCCGUCAUCUGCGUGAGCGGCCAGGGCCGCAGCACCUGCGGCGGGGACUCCGGCGGCUCCCUGUGGGUGUGGGUCGGCAGCGAGCGCAACCUGAUUGGUAUCACCUCCUUCGGUCACGCGAGCGGCUGCCAGCGCAACUUCCCCGCCGGCUUCGUCAGAGUCACUUCCUUCAUCUCCUGGAUCCAGGCUCGUCUUUGAGACAUCAAUGGCUUCGAUAUAUGACAAUGUCUGAUGUAAACUUAAUAACUAGUUAUUUUGUAUCUCAGUAAUUAAAUCACUACAUGUUAUAAA